UUUCUUGCAAUUGGGGGUUUUGUGGAUUGAGUUGAGUUACUAUUUGCAUUUAGGGUUGUAUUUACAAGAAUGUAAUGUAAUGAUGCUGAUGCUGCAUAUUGCUCCGAAAGAAAUGAAAAGUCUUAAACCAUAUUGUUGUAUUCACAAGAAUGUAAUGUAAUGAUGCUGCAUAUUGCUUGUACAAUUGCUUGUACAAUUGCUUGUACAUGAAGUUAGCAGGGGUAAAUAUUGUUAACCUAAGGUUUAUUUGGAUUAGUUUCUGAAUUAUGAGAGAUUUUAAAUAAUUUAGGUUAGUUUGCAAUUUACACGUUUUUGCUUCCGUUUUCCUUAUUUCAUUUGCAAGGAAACAACUUAUAAGUUUUAAGUAAUAAUUUAGGCAUGAUUUAUGAGACAUCCGAUUCAUGUAAACGGUGCUAAUUAGUAGAAAACGGUUUUGAUUGUUGAUAUUAUUAUAAUAUUGCAUUUUUAUUGUUCAUUUUGUGUGUGUGUAUAUAUCCUUUUGUGUGCUGCUUUAUUUCGGAAAAUUUCGUCAUUUUUAAAUGAAUUAAACUAAUUUAUUUUGUUGCCUAAAUGUAAAAAGAAAUUAAAAGGAUUUGCUCAACUUAAGAGAUAUACGUUUGAGUGAGUCACGACAUUCUCGUACAUUGUAUUCUGCUAACCAGGAGGACUGUGCCUAUCUGUCAUAAAGUAUAAUGCUUUCUCAUUCACGAGCUUCACGUUAUAUACGGAGACAUAGCGCGUGAAGGGCUAGCGUGACCAAAACGGGGUGUUCGAAUUGGGCGAUUCAAAGAGCUGGUGCGAAGAGAUAUACGCGAGAUUAGUUGUUGGCUGAGUUAAAUCUAGAAUUUAAUGAUAUUGUAACUUGUUGGACUGUGAAUUCCUACAAUCAGCAACGAGGUUAUGUUAUGCAUUUGUUUCCUAUACGGUUGUGUUGGUUGUUCAAGAUCUUCCUAGUUGUGGAUACUGGUUCCAAAUAAUACCACACUUCUGAAAAUCUUUAGAAACUGAGAAGUCAAGUAAAAAUGGUGGUAACAUCAAGAUCACACAUUAAUUUGGUAGACUUGGUGACGGGGGACAAUAUCAAUUUCCGCCAAACUCCUCCGCGAUUUAUGCCGGUUCCAGGAGUUAUGUCGAUUGAUGGUGAUGAUUCAAAUGCUUUAUCGUUAGUACCACAUCGCAAGAUGAUAAUAGUAGCAACAUUUCUUCCUCUGGAUGCUAAAAAGGAUGACAUUUCUGGUAGGUGGUGCUUUAGUAGGGAUGAUGAUUCAAUUUUCCGGCAGUUAAAAGAUGGUCUCUCAUCUGAUAUUGAUGUUGUUUAUGUCGGAUCUCUGAAGGUCAAUGUUGAUGAAAAUGAGCAAGAGGCAAUUUCCCUUCAUUUGCUGGAGGAGUUCAAUUGCUUGCCUACUUUUAUUCCUUCGGAACUCCAUAAAAAGUUUUAUGAUGGAUUCUGCAAGAACUAUUUGUGGCCUCUAUUCAAUUACAUGGUGCCUAAGUAUCAGUGCAGUUGCAAUCACUUCGAUUGGUCACUUUGGCAGGCUUAUGUUUCUGCGAACAGGAUGUUUGCCGAUAAAGUCAUGGAAGUCCUUAAUCCAACAGAGGAUUAUGUAUGGGUUCAUGAUUAUCAUCUUAUGGUUCUUCCAUCAUUUCUGCGGAGGCGGUUUAGUCGUGUCAGGCUAGGCUUUUUCCUCCACAGUCCGUUUCCUUCCUCCGAAAUUUUUAUAAAUAUACCUGUCAGAACUGAAAUUUUGAAAGCAGUGCUUAAUGUCGAUAUGAUUGGUUUUAACACAUUUGAUUAUGCUCGCCAUUUUCUAUCCAUCUGCAUUCUAUUGCUUGGUUUGGAGUAUGAAUCAAAAAGUGAUCACUUUGAGAUUGAAUACUUUGGCCGUAAAAUAUUCAUUAAGAUAUUGCCUACUGGGAUUCAUAUGGGUUGCAUUCAAUCCGCUUUAAAUCACCCUUCCACUUCUAUCAAAGUUAGAGAAAUCUGCAAACAACUUAAGGGGAAAAAACUUAUUAUUAGUGUUGACGACCUGGAUAUUUUCAAAGGCGUGGACUUGAAGUUUGCAGCCUUUGAACAACUAUUGAAACUGUGCCCUGAACUACUGGGACAGUUGGUAUUAGUCCAAAUUUUAAAUCCUUCAAGGAGUGAUUGUAGAUAUGUUGAAGAAGCGAAGAAGAUAUCCCACAUGCUUGCAAAAUGGAUAAAUCGAAGGUUUGGUUUUCUAGGCUAUACUCCUGUCAUAAUCAUUGAUCGUUAUGUUCCUUUCCAUGAAAAGGCGGCAUAUUACGCAUUAGCGGAAUGUUGCUUUGUGAAUGCAGUGCAGGAUGAUAUGAAUUUGGUUCCGUUAAAGUACAUUGCGUGCAGGCAUGGGAGUUCUAAAAUCGACCAAGCAUUAGAUAUAGCUUCCGACUACCCUCGGACAAGUUCAAUUGUUGUUUCUGAGCUUAUAGGUUGCCCACCGUCUCUUAGUGGGGCAAUCAGGACGACUCCGUGGGAUAUAAAUGUCGUUGCUGAAGCGUUGAAGUUUGCUAUCACAAUGUCCAAUGGAGAGAAACAGUGUCGGCAUGAGAAGAACUAUCAAUAUGUUAGCACUCGUGAUGUGGCUAACUGGGCCCAACAGUUUGAGCAAGACCUAGUGUUCUCGUGUAAGGAUCAUUAUAUGAAACUUUACUGGGGUUUUGGCUUUGGCUUGGAGUUCAGAGUCUUGGCCCUAUCUGCUAGUUUCAAGAAGCUGUCAAGAGACUAUGUUGUUUCUGCGUAUAAAAGGACAAAAUGCAGGGCAAUCUUUUUGGCUUAUGAUGGCACAAUCAUACCUGAGGGUUCCAGUUUUGAAUCCCCUGGUCCACAUGUCAUAUCUAUGCUAAAUAAUCUCUGCAAAGACCCUAACAAUACUGUGUUUAUUGUCAGUGGUCAGGGGAGGCCUUCAUUGAGAAAAUUGAUUAAUCAGUGUGGGAAUCUUGGUAUAGCAGCUGAGCAUGGUUGUUAUAUAAGGUGGGGUGGAGAAUCAUAUUGGAAAAUGAAUCAUGUUGGCACAACUUAUGCAUGGAAAAGUAUCACUGAAAGUGUGAUGCGAUCAUAUACUGAUGCAACAGAGGGCUCCUAUAUGGAGAUCAGGUACAGUGCAUUGGAAUGGAAUUACCAUGACGCCGAAACUGAUUUUGGAUCACAGCAAGGCCGAGAGAUGUUGGAGCUUCUUGGAAGUGAGCUUGCCAAUGAGCCUGUUGAUGUUAAAAAGGGGAAGCAUAUUGUUGAGGUCAAGCUUCAGGGAAUUUCAAAAGGGUUAGUUGUAGACGAAGUUCAUUCUAUACUAACAAUGAGUGGAAAAGCACUGGAUUUUGUUCUGUGCAUUGGGGAUGAUAGAUCUGAUGAAGACAUGUUUGAGAGCAUAUCAAACAAAUCGUAUGCUUCAACAUCAUCUUCAUCACCCGAAAUAUUUACAUGUACUGUUGAGCAGAAGCCCAGCAAAGCUAGAUACUACUUGGAUGAUACUGUAGAAGUCAUGACCUUACUUCAGGGUCUUGCUGCUGCUGCUGCUGCUAGAGAGUCUACAACAAUAUCUUCUACUGGCACCUCUUCUUAAGUUUGCUUUGAGAAUAUUGUUUGAAAUGUGUACUAUUUUAGCCGCCUGGACAACAACAUAGGAUAGAGACAAAUUGGUUAUGGAUUUGAUUGUUGUUAAGUUUGUUGUAAGAAUAUUGGUUUUGUUGUUUUUUGUUAUUUUGGGAAGUGGGGACCACUGAGUUUCCUUGCACCAAACUUACUCUUUAUUUCGAAAUCAAGUGUAUAACUAAGAAAGUCAACUCCUACUAUCCCUAAUUUA